AAUAACUCGGCAUCGUUUGAGCAAGCGUGGGAGAGUGUGUUGAGUGUAGUUAAUCCGAGGUCGAAGGCUGGGAACCGGCAAAUAUCACAGCAGUGGUGGAUUGCGUUGUUCGUGCACUUCUUCGGUGAUUACAUAGGCGGAGCCUAAAAGAUCCAUUAUGUGGGGCCUCUUCCUCAACCUCUUUCGCUGCCUUUGUGGGCUGUGCUCCCCCAAUUCUCUUGAGAUGGAAAGAAAUGAACCCACUCGUUCAGAUCCGAAUUUUGGGGCUUCUUCCUCAUCGACUUCUCUGCCUGUAGGUGAUUAUGAAGGUGGAACCAGAAGGAUGGAAAAAAUGAUUACGAAGUGUUCUUGAGCUUUAGAGGGAGGAUACUCGCAAUGGCUUCACCGCUCAUCUCUAUACUAGUCUUGCCAAUGCAGGAAUUCGCGUGUUCAGAGAUGAUGAUGAGCUUCGUGUUGGUGAGAAGAUUGGAACGGAACUUAUCCGUAGUAUUACACAAUCUAAGAUCUCCAUCCCAAUUAUCUCAGAAAACUAUGCUUCUAGCAAAUGGUGCCUUCGCGAGUUGGCUCUUAUGUUGAAUUGCAAGAGAAACAAAGAGCAAAAGGUGUUACCCAUAUUUUACAAAGUGAAACCUUGGCAAGUGGAGCAUCUCAUUGGGAGAUUUGGAGAUGCUAUUAGAACACACAAAAGCGAUGUGGAAGAAAAGAUUGUGAAGGAAUGGGAAGAAGCGCUCAAAGAAGUCACUUCCUUGAAAGGAUUGGAAUCGGAGAAAAUCGAUAACGGGAAUGAAGCAACAUUAGUUGAAACAGUUGUCAAAAGCAUUGUCCGAGAGUUAAAAAGAUUGUUUUUGCUAGAUCUUCCAGAACAUUUGGUGGGAAUUGAUGAUCAGCUGAGACAUAUUAUGAGCUUCAUAGAUGCUAAAUUCAGUGAUACACGGAUUAUCGGAAUCUAUGGAAUGGGCGGUAUCGGUAAGACAACUCUCGCAAUGGCGUUAUACAAUGAACUUUCUAGUCAUUAUGAGAAGCGUAGCUUCGUGCUAAAUAUUCAAGAAACAUCUAAGGGCAAGGGGAUUGAACACUUACAAAAGAAACUCUUUCGUGACAUAAUGAAGGGGCUGUGGGAUGUGGAUGAUGUCAACGAAGGAAUCCGUAUCCUUGAAUCUCGAUCGAUAAGUGAAAAAGUUCUUAUUCUUCUUGAUGAUGUGGAUGAUAAUACUCACUUGAAGGUUUUGAUUGGGGACAAGAGUUGGUUUAAAGCUGGAAGUAUAGUCAUUAUAACAACCAGAAACAAGAGUAUUCUUGACAAGGCUAGUGCAGACUACGUGCAUUUACUCGAGGGGUUGCCUUUGGAUCCAUCAUUGAUUUUAUUUAGUAGACAUGCAUUUCGAAAGGAUUCACCCCCAAGUGAUUAUGAGAUGAUCUCUCGUGCUUUAGUAUCUACUACCAAGGGGCUUCCCUUAGCUAUUGUAGUUAUAGCUUCACUAUUAAGUGAUAAGAGAAUGGAAAAAUGGGAAAAUACAUUAAAGGAACUACAAGAAAUGCCUGCAAAGGAAGUGCAAAAGAGGUUGAUGAUAAGUUACGAAGCAUUAGAUGAUAGAGAAAAACAUAUAUUUUUGGAUAUUGCAUGUUUUUUCAUUGGAGAAUCUCAACAAAAUCCAACUUAUAUGUGGAAUGCAUGUGGCUUUUUACCAUUGAGCGGAAUUGAAGAAUUAAGUCAUAGGUCCCUAAUUGAAAUUGAUAAAGAUGGCACAUUCAUGAUGCAUGAUCAGCUGAGAGAUCUUGGGAGGGAAAUUGUUCGUCGACAAGGAUUAACGGCUCCUCAAAACUGUAGCAGAUUAUGGAGCGAAGAAGCCAAAUUUGUCCUUGAUGGCAAUAUAGGCACUAGUAAGAUUGAGGCCCUUCAUCUUGGCUUAUGUGGUGGGAGAGGAAGUUACACAGCUGAAUCAUUUAAAGAAUUGACCAACUUGAGGUUUCUUCAAUUGGGAAGUGUGAAUCUCACUGGAGAUUUUCAAAACUUGCUUCCUCAAUUAAGAUGGCUUAUGUGCGAUGGUUUUCACUUGGAUUUUGAAUGACCAACCUUCACUUGAAGAAAUUAGUCGUGCUUAAUAUGUCGCAUAGUGAGAUUUCAGAGGACUGGGGAUUUGGUCCACUAAAGAUGGCAACGGAGCUCAAAGUUCUCGACCUUUCGUAUUGUACUUUGAGAACAACUCCCGACUUGUCGGCUUUCAAGGGCUUGGAGAUUUUGAUACUUGCACAUUGUGGUGAUCUAGAAGAGAUUCAUCCUACUAUUAAGGAUAUUAAGACCCUUGUCUCCUUAAAAGUCAAUUAUUGUUGGAAAUUGAAAGAGCUACCGCGAGAAGUAGGAAGAAUGGAAGAAUUGAGAGAGCUUAUCAUACAAGAAACUAGUAUACGAGAGAUUCCUAUCUCGAGAGGUUUUUUGACGAAGCUAGAGACUCUAAAUGCCUCAUGGUGUACACUACUUACUCGACUUCCAAAAUCCUUAGGCUCCCUUAUGUCGUUAACUCAGCUAAACUUAUCACACACAAACAUUGAAGAAUUACCGGAAUCCAUUGGUUCUUUGAAGAAGCUCGAGACUCUAGAUGCCUCUUUUUGUGUAUUGUUACUUCACAUGCCCAACUCAAUAGGGGAUUUAGAAUCUCUGUCUUGCCUUAACCUAACAUACUGCCAUAAACUUGCUCAACUUCCAGACUCUAUAGGCUCCCUCGUGUCUCUACAACGAUUGUUAUUGUCGAGAUGCCACUCGUUGAAACAAAUCCCAGACUUGAUCGGAAAGUUGACAUCAUUGACUGAGCUACUUUUGGAAUCUACAGACAUUGAAGAAUUACUUGAAUCCAUUGGUUCUUUGAAGGAGCUCAAGAUUCUAGAUGCCUCUUAUUGCAAAUCAUUAGCCCGCAUACCCAAUUCAAUAGGCAAUUCAACAUCUCUAUCUCACCUUGACCUAAAAGAAUGCCAUAAACUUGCUCGACUUCCAGACUCUAUGGGCUCCCUCAUGUCUCUACAGCAGUUGUUAUUGUCGAGAUGCCACUUGUUGAAACAAAUCCCAGACUCGAUCGGAAAGCUGACAUCAUUGACUAAGCUACUUUUGGAAUCUACGGCCAUUGAAGAAUUACCUACAAGCAUUGGAAAUAUGCAGAACAUAAGGAUGUUGGACAUUAGUGGAACUCCCAUAAAAGAAUUGCUUGAUAACCCGGGAAUAUUGGCAGAACUCCAAGAGUUCAAAGCUUCUGGAUGGAAAAAUCUAGAAUGGUCACCUAGUAAUAAUGGCCAAUUGGUUUCACCAAACAAUCUUGGUUUAGACAAGCUUAAAAAAUUAUCAGAAUUGCGUUCUCGUGUACUAGCUCUAGUUUUCUUAAAGCGUCCCAAGUCUCUUGUAGCCAACAACUCAACCAUGGACUACCAAACAACAGAUUUUGAACACUUUUUGAAGAGAUCAAGACCUUUUGGAAUCUCAGAUGAAGUGAAUAAUUUGCCAGUAAACAUUCUGCCUGUCUCAUACAACUGCCCAAGCCUCGAUCAGAGUUCUUAUUCUUUAAAUGACUUGCCCAAAAAUGUAGUCAUUACCCUAAGUCAAGGUUCACUUGUUAAGAGUAUGGAUUUCCAUCCAAUGCAACAAAUUCUGCUGCUCGUGGGAACAAAUAUGGGCGAUGUUGUGGUAUGGGAAGUAGACAGCGGUGCGAGGAUUGCUUUGAGAAAAUUCAAGAUUUGGGAUCUGGGAACAUGUUCAAUGGCACUGCAGGCUUCUCUAGCCAUUGACUAUACAACAUCCGUUAACCGUGUAAUGUGGAGUCCUAAUGGAAUCCUUUUUGGUGUUGCUUAUUCCAAACACAUGGUGCACAUAUACUCAUAUCAUGGUGGUGAUGACAUAAGGAACCACCUUGAGAUUGAGGCUCAUGUUGGAAGUGUUAAUGAUCUUGAAUUUUCAAAUCCAAGCAAACGGUUAUGUGUUGUUACUUGUGGAGAGGACAAGACGAUCAAGGUAUGGGAUGCAGUGAUAGGGGCCAAGCUACUUGCUUUCGAGGGUCAUGAAGCACCUGUAUAUUCCAUUUGUCCACACAAAAGAGAAAAUAUUCAAUUCAUCUUCUCAACAGCAACAGACGGGAAAAUUAAGACUUGGUUUUAUGACAACAUGAGGUCAAGAGCCAACUAUGAUGCACCGGGUCACUCUUCUACUGUGAUGACGUAUAGCGAUGAUGGAUCAAGGUUGUUCUCAUGUGGGACCAAUACAGAAGGAGAGUCGUACUUGGUUGAAUGGAAUGAAAGUGAGGGGACUGUCAAGCGUACCUAUCAUGGACUUAGAAAGAGAUCUGGUGGGUUUGUGCAAUUUGAUAGUGCCAAAAACAGAUUUUUGGCUGCUGGAGAUGAGUUCAUGGUCAAAUUUUGGGAGAUGGACAAUAAUAAUCUAUUGACGAGUACUAAUGCUGAUGGUGAAUUGCCGGCUUCACCUUGUAUUAGAUUUAACAAGGAAGGAAUUCUAUUAGCCGUAUCAACAAGUGACAAUAGGGUCAAAAUUUUAGCAAAUGCUGAUGGGAUUAGGCUGCUAAGGACAGUGAACAAUCGACCUUUUGAUGCUUCUAGAAUCACUCCUGGACCUCUUAUGAAGGACAGCGAGAGCAUGGCCAAUAUGAAUCCCAUAAUUGCUGAUGAGUCAGGAGACAAAUCACGAAUUUGGAAGCCGACGGAAAUCAAUGAACCAUCACAAUGCCGGUCCAUAAAACUGCCUGAUAACUCUACGGCUACGAGGGUCUCGAGAUUAAUCUAUACAAACUCAGGCGGUGCAAUUACCUACAAGGAUGUCCCUGACAAUCCAAGGAAUCGGCGUCUUCAAAGGGGCGGUGCCAUUCUGGCAUUAUCAUCGAAUGGUGUGCACAAGCUCUGGAAAUGGCAAAAAAGUGAUCAAAACUUAACAGGCAGGGCUACAACUGGUGUGGUACCACGGUUAUGGCAACCUUCUAGUGGGAUAUUAAUGACCAAUGACACAAAUGGUACAGAUCCUCAAGAUGCAGUUCCGAGCUUUGCAGUGUCAAAGAACGAUUCUUAUCUAAUAUCAGCAUCCGGGGGGUUGAUCUCUCUGUUCAAUAUGAUGACUUUUAAGACAAUGACAACAUUCUCACCACCGCCGCCGCCAAACAAUGAUGUUGUUGCAAUAGGAAUGGAGGACUCCACUAUUCAAAUUUACAGUGGUCAAGUUGAUGAGAUCCAGACGAAACUAAAAGGACAUCGGAGAAUAAUAAAAGGCUUUACCUUCUCAACCUCCUUAAAUGUUCUCGUGUCUUCUGGCGCUGAUUCUCAGACGAUGACAACAUUUAUGCCCCAGCCACCACCAACAACAUUUCUGGCGUUCUAUCCUCAAGAUAAUAACAUUAUUGCAAUAGGAAUGGAGGACUCCUCUAUUCAUAUUUACAAUGUUCGAGUUGAUGAGUUCAAGGCAAACCUAAAAGGACAUCAGAAAAGAAUUACAGGCCUCGCGUUCUCCAAUGUCUUAAAUGUUCUCGUGUCUUCUAGUGCUGACUCUCAGCUGUGUGUUUGGAGCACUGAUGGAUGGGAGAAGCAGGCUAGUAAGUUUCUGCAGAUGCCGACUGGGCAAGGUGCAGCUCCUUUUGCUGAUACUCGUGUUCAAUUUCAUGUGGAUCAGAUACAUCUGCUGGUGGUUCAUGAAAUACAGAUCGCCACAUGUAAAGCUCCUGAACUAGAAUGCCUCAAGCAGUGGGAUACUCGAGAAGCUAGCUUUCCAAUCACAGAUGCUACAUAUUCAUGCAAUGGCCAAUCAAUAUAUGUGAGCUUUGAAGACGGAAGCAUCAGUGUUCUUUCUGCUUCUACACUUAGAUUGAGAUGUCGUAUAAAUCCUGCUACUUAUAUCCCUCCAAAUCCCAACUUGAGAGUCUACCCACUAGUCAUUGCAGCACAUCCGUCUCAACCUAACCAGUUUGCACUAGGGCUUAUUGAUGGCAGUGUCUAUGUGCUUGAGCCAUUGGACUCUGAAGGAGAGUGGGCUAGUUCCCCUUCUGUUGAAAAUGGUGCUGAGCCAAGCACGACAUCUGGCGCAACCAGUUCAGAUCAACCCCAAAGGUAGUGCAGGCCAUGUCUCUCCCCGUGAAACUUUGAGCAUUGAAUGCUGAGCUGGCUUUUCCUUCGCCGCACUUGAUUCAAGUUUUGAGGGAUGCUGCAGAGGAUAGAUUUUACAGCUUUAGGGUCUUCUUCUGGACAUUGUUCGGUACAGUCUGUCUUAAGUGGUACAAUUAGCAUCCAAAUCAAUUUCUGCUCAAGUCCAGUGGCGAUAAUUUGUUUUAUUAUAUUCAUUUAGACUGACUAAAAGUAAAAAAGAAGAACAUGGGAUUAGGGUGUUGCGAAGAAGGCAUUGUGGAGGCAAGUUUAUCUUAUUUUAGUUAGCAAGCUAAAGGAUCAUAGGAGCAGGAUUUAGUUUUCGUAUGUGGCUUCUUCUCUUGUUCCUUCUGCGUCAUGCUGAAAGGACUUCUCUUAUGUAUUUUAUUUAUUCUUUUAGUUUGCUGAAGUAGCACUUGUUAGCA